UCUCGCGCAUACACAAGCAAACGCACGGACAGCCGCAGCUCGUUCGCAUUCAGUGUAGAAGCAGCUUCGCCAGUUUGGUUUGUUUUCGUCGGAACGGUCACCGCACCGCAGUCAGUCGGCAAUCGGAAGGCAGUGUGAGUCGCGGUGUUGUGCUUCGUUCGUUUGGCUUCAAGAUUAUGUGCCAGCAGCAGCAGCCGCACUCGGGUGAUAUUUAUGCCGCACGUUUCGAUAAUUGUCAAAACCAACAAUAACAACAACGAUCAAAAGAGUGCAGUGUGUGUGAUAGUGGUGUUGGUGGUGGUGGUGGUGGUUGUGGUGCUGGUUAUGGAGUGAAGUGGAAAAAGAUGAAGUAGUGGUACUGUGCCUCUCGUUCGUGUUCGUGCCGCGUUUUCGGCUGUUUUUGAGCUGAAACUCGUCGACUGUGAAGUAUUAUGCUAUUCGGUUGAUUUCGCUUUUCAGUAUGCGAACCACGAUGCCACUGAAGCUGUUAAUGAAAACCGCAACCGAUUGGAGCAUCUGCAUCGAGACGGUAAAGCACUGACACCGCGCUCGUAAAACAGGCAAAAUCUUAAUUCGCAGUAUCCCUGUGUCGAAGUGAAUCGUAAACAACUGAAAAUUGUAAAUUCCUAAACAACAACACACAUAUACGUACACAAUGACAACCGCUUCCGCGUUACAUGGCGGCUUAGCCGAGGCUGUCGUCACCACCUUGCCCGCGACGACGCAAGUGACCGCAUUUCAAAGCCGAACCAAUAGGAGAAAAGUUAAGGAUUUUAACGACAGCGUAACCUGUUCGCUCUGUCGGGGCUAUCUGAUUGAGGCUACUACCAUUAACGACUGUCUACACACAUUUUGCCGAUCCUGCAUCGUGCGAUAUUUGGAAAGCAAUAAAUACUGUCCCAAAUGCAAGUCGUACAACAACAAAACCAUUACGGUGGCUAAUUUAAGGCCGGAUCGGAUACUGAAAUCUCUGGUGUACAAGCUGGUUCCGGGGCUGUACAAAUCAGAAAACCAAAGAAUGGCUAGGUUCUACAGCGACCAGCAGCCCCGAGACGAGCCAGCGACCAACAACCAAAAGCCACCGGACUCCAACUACCUGGACGAUCAGAACUUUUUCUCACCGGAUGAAUUAAUCAGCCUAUCGCUGCAGUACCAUCAUGACUCGAUAGCUGAUUAUGAUCCGAAAUCGACGACUUUACCCAUCACUUACCUGCACUGUCCAGCCGCCGUCACCAUUCACCAUCUGUACAAGUUCAUCCUCACCAAGAACGGGCUGCAACUGGGCAACGGACGGAUCCAGAUGGAUAUUAUCUACGAGGACGAAAUUCUGCCGCACGAGUUCACCCUGAUGGAUGUGGCCUACUGUUAUGACUACAAGCGGGUUUCCUGGAUGCGACUGUUCUAUCGAAUAUUUAUCCGGCCGACCGCAAAACCGACGGCAACCACCACAACGUACAAUGUGGGAAGCGAUAAAAAUAGCAAUGAAAACAACAAUAGCGGUGGGGCGGGCGGGGAACGCGAUGCUAAUAAUAAAAGCGGCAGCAACGACACAAACAACAACAGCAGCAACGAUGUCAACCUUAGCGAAAGUACGGGAAACGCCGAACCGCUGUCGUCCCCAUCGUCCCCACCGGCAAAGGGUAGUGGCAACGGUAGCGAAACAAGUGGCCGUGUUGCCAGUAUCGACUCGUGUGAAGGUCGGAUCAAAGCAGGCACCGGCGGCGCGACUGAUACACAUGUUGUCGGUGUUUGCGGUGCUACGAGGGGCGCAAGGUUAUCAGCAGCGGCAGAACAGGAGUCAAGUUGUUACAUGUCAGUGGAAAGCAAAUAUGAUAACAAAUUGAUAAUAACCAAAACAAGCAAAGCAGAUAAAGGGAACAGUGAGAAAAAAGAAAAAGAAACAUUGAAGCUAGUGUUAGUGUCGAAGAAAACAAGUGACAAAAAGGACGCGAAAGUUAUUUAUUCGAAAAGUGAUGCAAAGUCAAGCAAAUCCCCUAAGCAAAUUAGUCCGUCUGCGUCGAUCAGCUCCUGUGAUUUCAAGCGGCUGCGGAGCAACGAUAUCCGAUACAGUAGCUACGAAACGGUGUCGUCAUACUCGGUGAGUUCGUCGUCCAAAGCUGCGUCCGCUAAUGGAAGCGGUAAGAAUAGUGCCGUUCCGGGCGAUGACUCGAAAAAGUCCGACUCACAGAACACUAGAAAACAUAACAAAAUAAAUAAUGACUAUAACUAUGUAAGUGAUUCUAGCGGAAAAAAGAUUACCGAAGACAAUAGUCGAAACAAAGCGAGUGAAAUCAACGGCACCGGACUGGCGGGUGAGACAAAAACCAAGCAUGAAAAAUCAAAAUCUUCUCCACAACGGAACGAAAGUAACCUGGCUCUGCUGGCGAUAACGGCAACGGGCACCGGCAAUGGCACCGCCACCGAGAGAAGUGAAAAGUCAUCUGAGCUGAAGUGCUAUGUAAAUUUAAAGAAGCAAACGGUUGUUUCGCCGCUUGCAGCCGCUGUCGAAGCGAAUCAUAAACCCGAAGUUCCUAAGUUGAAAAUAGAGCUACCUAGUCUGAAAACCAAAAUCUCCAUUCCGAAAGCGGACUUUGAAAAGUCCCCGAAAUCGGCACACUCCUCAUCUACGUCCUCGUCGGCGGCGACAUCGCCCACGACAUCAUCGUCCACCUCGGACAAGUCGCCCCAGUGGUCCCGGUCCGACGACGGUGCCAAACCGGUGGAUGCCCAAAAGAUUGACAUUGAGGAGUAUGCCAAAACAAUUGGAUUGAAACCGGUUCGAAAAAUCGACGAAGGCGACGGCAAAAAGAAGAAAAAGAACUCGAGUACUUAUUCACCGGAUCCCGCGUCGUUUCACCGAAAGCGCAAAAAGGCUAAACAUUCCAAAGAAGCCGGCAGCAAGCGAAGAAAAUUACAUGCCGAAAUUUCCUCCCAGCACGACGAGAGUUUGAAAAUGAAGGUUAAAUUCACCGAAAAACCAUCGAAACACGAUCGUAAACCAAGCGAGGAAAUCACACCAAAGGAACCGACGAAACAAAAUGCGGAAGUUGGCCCAUCGUUGCCCCAACCGGUGCCGUCAUCUUCGCCAUCAACAAAAACAUCAGCAGCAGCAGCAGCAGUAGUAGCUAGCACUAUCGACACACCGGUGCCUUUGCCGAAAGAAGACAGUUCAAAGGUGAUUGACAUUACCAAGGGUGAUGAUGAUGAUGACGUGAAAAUUAUUGAGUCACCGACAUUCGGUGCUCUGCCAGCACCGAUGAGUGGUGUUGGAACGAAAAAAAGUGUUGCCAAUGUCGAAAAGCCGACCACAAUCGCAACCCGGGUGAACGAGUUGCCCAAGCUUCCAUCCAUUGGGGGAUCGGAUGGUUCCACAAAGGCAAAAAUUAAUGAAAUGAGGGCCAUCCGUCACAAACCGAUGGUCUACAUUCCAAGUCUCGACAAAAGCCUAACGGAAAGUUCAUCCACCAUCGACAGUAUCAUCGAAAGUGUGCAAGCGAAAACGGGCUUCAUUGACAGUGAUAAUGACGUACAAAUUGUUUCCACCGGUCGGUUGGAGCCGGGUAAUGGUCUGCCUUCCAAAUCAACUAUGCCUUCGCUGGUUCCGAGUAAAGCUGGCCCAGCAGGACUUACGAUGAAACCUCCCACAAUGAUACCGUCAACUGUCAAUAACCGGACGGGCCCGACCAAUAAUAGCAUUCCUCGGUCACAGCAGCGAACCAGUAAUCAGCCGGCGGUAUUCAGUCCUCGGCACACACCAAACUAUCCGCCUUUGGCCUUACAAAGUGUCCAAAAGAGGAUCCUACCGCAACAGGCGUACAGUGCAAACAGUGUGUACCAACCAAGAAGUGCCAAUGCUGCGUUUAAACGAUCCACCAGCGUGGACAGUGGCUCGACUUACAACAUUCCACCAAAAACACCCCGCGUGGACCUAAUGGAACUAAAUGCUCAGAAUCGUCUGAUGAAAAAACCGAUCUAUGCACCGAUGUUCAAUUUCGUAAAGGGUGCUAGCCUAGCAAGGAACGGCAACCCAAACAUGCCAACCUCAGCCAACGAUGUACCUUACAAAUCACCCAUCAGUUCGACCUACACGAAAGAAGUAAAUCCGAAAAAGUCUGUCCCGAGUCUAUUACUACCUCCUUCCUCAAUUAGUGUCACCAAAAUGACCGAUAUAACGCCACAACCUCCACCCGUGGACAAUCGUCCUGCACUGGAAAUUGUUCGAAUACCAUCCACAGCACCCGUAGCCGACAAACCUAAUCAAGUGUCAGUUGCGAACGCAACAGCAUCGAAAUCCAACCUCACCCCGAAAACCACCAGACCUCCACCGCCCACAAUUCCGCUGAUUAAAAUUAAAAAAUCCGUUUCCCUGCCCGAACAACCGACCUCGCCGAUUUCCCCUUCCGUUUUUCAAGUCACCAGCACCGGUACCAACAGUUCGAAAAAUCUCACCACCAGCACCGCCUCCAGUCAGGACACCAGUGGAGCCCUGGACUUAACGACACGUGCCAACGACGAUUUAAUUAUUCUCGAAAGCAGUGACAGCCUAACUUCUAAACUGAACGGCAAUGAGCCUAAGCCGAGAGCGACGAAGGCUCCCACCGGUGACAGACGUCCGGAGGCACAGAACAAAACGACUUCGGACGGAAAGGUUGAAAUUGAUAGCAAUCGAUUAGAGCUAAUCAAUUCACUAAUUCAAACAUCGGCAGCAUCUAUGAUUAAGGCCGGUUCAGGUGUGAUGGCAAAAUUUCAAUCGGCAGGCAUCCCGGGACUGAAACUCCCCGCCGACAUGAUUGGAUAUGCCAUCAGUAGCACUAGCAGCAACAGCAGCAACAUGCCGAAGCUAGGGCUGACCUACAGUUCCGCCACCCCGACCACGACAACGACGGUAAAAUCGAUACCGAUGCCCAAACUGACGGAGAUCAAUCGCAAUCGAAAUGCCGCAGUCCGUCAACCGAAUCCAUCGGUGCGAAACAUUCCGAACCCAUCGGCUUUAGCGUUUCGUAAUCAAACGACUGCUGCGAUAAGCAGCUCUUCCGGUCUUCUGACUUCAACGUCGUCAGCAUCCUUCUCGCUGGCGUCCAAUAGCAGUCCGAUAACAUCGCUCACGACCACUUCGCCAGCCACCAGAGUCAUGAACCUAAACAUGAAAUUAAACAACGUAAAUACGGCGGGACAGAAAUCAAGUGUGAAUAAUAACGGCAUCGGCAGCACAGCCGAUACAUUUUCCUCCAUCGGAACGUUCGGUAAAACCCAUACCAAUUCGGUCAGCACCACUACUAGCAGCGUAUCGAGUGCAAGUGCCAAUUUGAAUGGAAACAGCAGCAGCAACUCCAUCAACAACAACAACAACAACAAUAACAAAAACGAUAACGUUAGCUCUACCAGUGGUAGUAGCAAUAAUAAUAACAAUAACAACAACAACAGUACAAACGGUGGCAAAAAGACCAUCGAGAAAGUAGCGGCUGGGUUGAAAGCGGCUGCUGCCACGGCAACGACGACGUCGACGACGGUGGUGGCGGCGGCUAGUGUGUCCAACGGUAACCACAGCAGCAACGGGAACGCAACUACCACCAGUGGCGGCACCGGCAUCGGAAAAAAUGGUGUAAAUGUUGUUUAACACGCGAAAUACAGCGCCGGUUCGGUUGGUUCCCGGUAAACCGCGACCUUAUCAAAUGUUGGAUGUCGUGAAGAGAUGUUCAUCUAUUGUCAAGAACAAGACAAAACACAACCGUAGUAGGCCGCAAUGAUUGACGGCUGUGUCGUUGAACCGUUUGCAAGUGUCAGAAAACAUGGUAAAAUGCAGAGUCUGUAUAAAGUCACCAGUCGGAUGACAUGUGUCAAACCGUUGCCGAUCGUUUGACACGAAACGAACGCCGGAUUUAAUUUGGCUUAUUUUCCGGUGUUUAAAAAUGUAAAUAAUAAAAAAAAAACUUCAAAUCAAUGAAGCGACCACACGCUGGUCGAGAGAAAUGGCAAACCAUGGACAGCACAAUAAUUGUUUAGCAUAUAAAUAACAAAUCACAUUGAUAUUGGACACUUCAAUUUGUUCUGUCUCUUACCGAAUAGGUUAUUUAAGUUUAACGGCUAUGCUUGAUUAAGAGUAUUUAUUUUUGUGGUAUAGUAGAAUAAUUUGCAGAAAUUGUAAAUUUCUUUAAAAACUAAGCAUUGGGAUAUUGGAAGAAAUCUUUUCGACCGGCAUAAAUAUGUAUAUUGAGAUAUUCCUAGACAGCAUUAGUCUAAUACCGUUCAACAGUGAAAAGUCAUUCUUAGUGAAGGUAAUUAAAAAUGAACUUACGCGUAUAUAUUUAGUGUGAGCACAACCGUACUAUUCUACUGUAAAGCAGCCUCUCCCUAAAUAGUGUAUGUCUCCAUCAAUAUCAGCAAUAAACCUGAGUAUAAGCACCACUCCCUCUCUUCCCUGUAUUCCUGUAUAUUUGAUGUUGUGCAAUAGUAGCGACCCCCAUAUACACUACUACUACUACUACUACUACUACUACUACUACUACGACUACCACUACUGCUACUACUAUCCCCAAAUACACAAUCCCAGCUCCAGUUGAAUGAGAAAAUAACUGCUCCAUGAGAAAUAUGACCAGAUAGCGGAAGAAAUACGAACAGCUCCGGCGUUAGAACGAGAGAAAUCUUUUCAAUUCGUCAGAAUGAGCAUAGCUUUUCUGGAAAUAAUGAUAUUUCAUUCUCGGUACUCUUUUGAUUUUUUCUCCCCACCCUUGCUCCUUCUACCUUCUGCUGCGGGCUCAACCGCAAUCGUCCCACCCACAGUCAUCGUGAGACGAUGAAUGAGAAAUUAUGAUGGUCAAUGAUGAUGAUGAUGAUGAUGAUGAUUGAAGCAAAUAUAAUGAAGAUAAAUUAAGGCUUGAAGUAGAAAACGAACCAUAAGAGCCAGAAAAUCUAUGAAUUGCCGGCCAGAGUCGAGCCGUGGAUUCACUCAUUCAGCGAUUCGAAUGUGGAUGAUGGUGAAUUAAAUUUCAAUUAUAGUGUUUUUUUUACUAGCGGACUUCGUUUCAACCAACCUCGUUCACACUGUACUGAUAUUACUGUAGAUUCGAUUGUAUGAGUGACUCUGUGUAACACACCUUCGUAGGACACUGCUGAUUUGUAUUAAAAUGUUUAUUCCUACAUUCAUACAAUCAAUUUUUAUGUACCAAAUUAAAAAACUGAAAGAAACUAAAAUUUUUGCUGUUCAAUCGAACAUGUUUAGGACCGUCGGAUGAUGAGAACAAUAAGUUGGAAUUAUGUAAUGUUUGUUUUAGCGAAUGGUAUUUAUGUAUCUAGUGCAAUAAUAACUAAAAAACAACCACUGUAGAGAAAAUAAUAAAAAUGAUAAUCAUUAUUAAAAAGUAAA